AUGGAAAGUUAUCAAAUCAUCAAUAAAGAAAAUAUUCAAAAUAUUGGUAAUCAUAAUAAUAAAUAUUCAAUGAAAAAAUAUUGGACAACAACAAGUGCCUACAUAAAUAAUAAUCAAAAUAAUAGUCAAGAUAUCAAACAUAAUAAUAGUGUUAAUAAUAAUCAUGGUAAAUCUAAAUCUAAAACAACACCAAUGAUUCCAGUUUCAUUUGUCGAGCAACUUUGGAGAAAACCAAAAUCGAAAAUCUCGAAAAAACACAAUACAUUCCCAACAGCAUCAUCUUUCAAUUUCGAACCGAUCACCUAUUUACAAGCCUAUCAGCAACAGAAACAACAAAACAAUAACUGCAAUUUCUCACUGAACGAUCUACCAAUCGAAUUGAUUUCAACCAUCUUGGAGCAUACAAUCAUCAAGAAGGAAAUUUGCCAGCAACCAUCGGACGACCAGCAAUUCCUCACCACUCUACUGACAUGUAAACUCUGGCAAACCGUUGGAUACUCACUGAUAGAAUCGGUGAAACUCGACCGUUGCUCACGCAUGCCAUCGGUUCGCCAGCUUCGACAACUCAACCGACUUCCCUCACUCCGCAAUCUCUCGAUAUUCGGCGGUUCUCCACUGAAAAUCUAUCAACUCAAUGUCGUUGCAGGACUGCUCUCCAGUCCUUCGUCGGCAAUCACUCACAUCAACCUUUUCUCCAAUCAAAUCGGUGACCUUGGACUGCUGAAGCUUGUCCAGGCACUCCACUACAAUUCAUCAGUCACUUUCCUCGGACUCUCAUACUGCAACUUGACAGCGAGAAGCGGAGAGCCACUGGCCAACCUACUCGCCAAAAACACAACACUUCGCGAACUCAUACUUUCAUACAAUGCACUGGGCAGUAGUGGUGCUGUUUCAUUCGCAGCUGGACUCGCCAAGAACAAGAGUCUUCGCUCACUUUCACUAUCGCACAACGAACUGGGCGACGACGGCACCAAAGAGAUUGCCUUGUCGCUGGCAUCGAAUCAAUCGCUUUCCGAGCUGAAUCUGCGCUGCAAUUCAAUAAGCAGUGAAGGAUCCAAUUACAUUAGCACAUCUCUCCAAAUCAACAAAUCGAUUGUCGAGAUCGAUCUCUGGGGAAACAACAUUGGUGACUAUGGUGCCACUAAAAUUGGAGUGGCACUCUCACUCAAUCACUCAUUGAAAUCGAUCAAUCUCACCAGAAAUUGUAUUCAGCAAGGAAUUGGAUCGAUUGCCUCUGCACUUUGCUCUGCUUCCUCAAAGAUAACAACCAUCGACUUGUCAGCCAAUGCACUCGGAGCCAUCGGAGCCAUCGAGAUUGCCAAGAUCAUAAGAGCGACCACCUCGAUCGAGUCAAUGACAUUGUCAUCGAACAAGUUUGAAUCGAAUGGAAUACAGCACAUUGCACAGGCAAUCUCUAACAACAAGUCAAUUCGACGUUUGAACUUGGCAACCAACGAGAUUGGAGUGGAAGGUGCUCGAUAUCUGGCGGAAUCUAUCAAGCUAAACUCAACGAUCGUCUACUUUGAUCUGGCGAUGAACCAGCUCGGAAACGAAGGAACCAAAGCCAUUACCGAAGCAUUGGAGUACAACAAAUCAAUUAAAACAAUAGUAUUAUCACAUAAUCAAAUCGAUAUCGAAGGUGUUCAAAGCAUUCUGACACUUCUCAACUCGAACCGUACCAUUUCAGUCAUCAAUCUAGAGGGUAACCACCUUGCACCAGACACACAAAGAUUAUUUCAAAAGUUUAUCAAUCAAAAUAAACUUACUGUCACACUAUCCCAUCAAAUCGGGAGAUACUCAUCUUUUUGA